AUGGCUAUCACAAAAUCUGCCAGUACGAGCAAAAAUGCUGCUUCAUCCUCAUCCUCAUCGAGCUCGGAAUCAGAUUCAGAAGAGACCAGCUCCGACUCCGGCUCGGAUACAACGUCAGCUUCAGAUUCAGAUUCAGAUAGCGAAUUCGGAGAAGUGACCAAGGAAUAUCUUGACUCGCUUCUUGAGAAGGCAGAAGCAAAUUUACGAGCGAAGGCACAAGUGAAGGGGAAGGGGAAGCAAAGGGCGUUUGGGGAGGAAGAGGAGGAGAUUCGGUUGGAUGAUGAGCCAGAGGAGGAGGAUGUCUCGUUAAAACGACUUCCCCAGCUUGAUCCUGGGAUACUUCCACCAGGGUACUUUGACUUCAAAGAUGGAAAUCCGAAAGAGGUGCCAACGUUACGAGACAUUGACGCGGAACUUCUCGCUGCGUCUGCUUCUUCGUCUACACCUGCUGCUCCACCAGAACCCCCUGAAGUCGGGAAAGACGGUCGAAAGCUGACGAAGAAAGAGCUGAAAGCUCUCAAGAAAAAGAAUGCAGCACCAGGAUGGUCCGACUUACCUACUCCAGAUGCAGCAGACUUACCAAGGCUGUAUCGUGAAGUGGAAGCACUCCGAUUACGCAACGCUCUCGAUCCAAAGAGGUUCUACAGGAAGGAAUCUGGUGAAGGGAAGGGAAUCAAAGGAUUGCCUGAACGUUUCGCUAUUGGUACGAUCGUAACGACGAAAACGCCAUUCGGCACGACGAGUGGGGAGAACCUCGCACGUUCCGAACGGAAGCGCACGCUCGUUGACGAGCUCGUGGCGGAUUCAGAGGCGAAACGGUAUGCGAAGCGCAAAUUUGGCGAUUUGCAGACGGUUCGUGCUGCUCGUGGAAGGGGAACUCUUGCGAAACGGGCUGCUGCUAGAAGACCGAAGUGGUAG